UCGUGAUGUGGUUCGAGAUUCUUCCCGGAGUUGCCGUUAUGGGGGUGUGCUUGCUCAUCCCCGGGUUGGCCACGGCCUACAUCCAAAAGUUCACUAACGGGGGCAAGGAAAAAAGGCUUGCUUAUUAUAAAUAUCAGUGGAAUCUGAUGGAACGAGAUAGGCGCAUCUCUGGAGUGAAUUGCCACUAUGUGCAGAAGGGUCUGGAGAAUAUCGACUAAGGAAGUAUUUUCCUGACAAAGUAACUGUCCCUUUGUUCAUCUGUCUCUGCAAAGAAGUGUAUGCUGUAUAUCAUGCAGCUUGCAGUGCUUAAUAAAAAUAAAUGGACAAGUAAAAAAACAAAAACAAAAAAAAA